AUGAACAUACGGUUGUUGACCAUUUUCUUUGUGGUUCUUUGCGUCGCGUUUCCUUGCAGCAAAGCUAGCCCUGAUGACACAUGCCCUUUGAUAAAGCCAAAAUUUAUGGAAGGUUUUGGCAAAGUCAUGGUUGAGCAACGAAAUGUAUUUUUAAGAGAGUCCAAGAAGCUCUGCGAAGGUAGGAUCAAUAACUAAAUAUGUAUCAAACUUUUCUUUUCGGACACUUCUGUGAUACGGACACCUCUCUUAGUAGUUCUUUCGUUCCCAGAUAUAUUAAGCCUCUCUAUGGGUUCCUGUGGACAUCGUCUUCGUCACGCGUUUUCCCAUCAAAUCGUCGGUUUUUUAACGCGAAAUCCUCGCAUAUCAAGUGUGAGGUAAUGCUUCUAGCGAGCCCGAGCUAGCACGACGUUGACUAAGGAAACGAGAAAAUAAAACAGGCAACAGCUUUAAUAAGCAAAACAAAAACUCCGAAUGUGCACCACAGUUUUUGGAAGAUUUCUUUUCCUUCAUCGAAUAAAUGACGUUGUUCAUUUUGAUCAGAAUAGCAAUGCGAUUGUCCAUUUUAUCGUCAUCAAUAGCGGUCCUUGCGACUUACUCUCAGAGAUUCUAAACUUCAUCCAAUCCCUUCCUGUAUAUUAUAGACUCGGUACAGACACCUCUGCGUGUAAUGCUAACACUUGGCACUGUACCUUUGUUAUUCCUUUCCUUCACUAGUUUUACUUUAAACUUCAACGCUGCAAUCUUUUGCCCGUAAGCGAACUCUCCAUUUGAAGGAGUCGUGACUUGCGAGAAGUCACUCGAGAACCGCACCCGAAAGGAGACGCGAGUCAUAAUAUGGAGAGCUUGCUCGUAGGCUAUGUGAUCUUUAAUCACGAUAUAUGUCGUAGUUGUAGUGCUGGUCUUUGUUAUCACAGUCAUAUGAGCAUACCCUUUUAAAUAGACUUUAAAAGAGGUGUAUGUUUUAAGAUUUUUUUAUUUACUUUUAUCUUAUCAAAAAGCAUACCACCAACCGUUUGCGGUCUUAUGGGCCCGCCGCCUGACAACAUUAUUCUCAGGGGCACCCAACGAGAAUAUAGUUCAAAACCACUUAAACAUAGCAUUGUUGAACGUAUUUUAGUAUUUAAUUAUAAACAGUAGGUAUAGGCAUAUUUUUAUCCCCUAAACAUUUUUCAUCUGUUCGGAUUUCUUAGCUGAAAGUCUAGUGAUCCGAAAAUUAUAGGGAUCAAAAUUUACCUUUUCGAAAAUUUAAGCCGGAGAAAAGGCUCCCGAAAAUUCUAGGUGACCUUUUAAGGGUAAAAAUCCGUUAAAAAUGGGUAAUUAUACCAUUUUUUAGAUGUUCGAAAAUCCUAGAAGAGGCAGACAAGCAAGAAAUUUUACAACAAAUGCUCCGAAAAUUCUAGAUCUCUAAUCGUCUUCCGAACAGAUAUUUUCCAAAAAUUGACGUUGGGCGUCCCUGUAUUCUGGUAUCUUCUAUCAUGAUUUGCAAAAAGCGCUGGCCUUAGCCGACUUGUUUCUCUUAACCUAGCCCUCUAAGGCCCUGUACACUCAAUGCCUUUUGCAAAGUAUGCGUUUUUGUUGCCGAUCGAAAACCCUUUGAUAGGUUCGUGUCCACAUUACUCUUUUGAUGCGUUUUCGACUUUCCACACUAAAACGUUUGAAAACGAAAGAAUUGCACGUUGCGACGUAAGUUGAACUCUAGGUAAGCACACGCUACAAACACAUGCGCUUGGGAUGUUUUUGUUUUGAUGCGUUUUCGACCAUUUUUGACCGUCCGCACUAAUCACGAUAUGUAUGCGUUCUUGUUUUGAUCCACUUUCAAGAGCGUUUUCAGAUCGAUGCCUUUUUGACGAAAACACUCCGCGUAUAAGUGUGGACGAAAGGCCUAAACGCAUAAAAUGCAUGCGUUUUCAAACGAAAACGCGUUAGUGUGGAAGGGACCUCGUUAUUCUUCAGCACAGUAUAACAGGAGAUUACUAAACCUGUUCUAUUGCAUGGGGUCAAUAAGUGAUUUAGGUGGGUCUGGUAUUGACUGGGUAUUUAUAGUUUGCAUUUCAUGAGUCAAUAUUUGCCCUGUAUGAGUUCAAAAGAGCUCGAGUCGGGAUCGGUUACAACUGCCUUUUCAGGCGAAAACAUGAACGGGUCCUGAACACCAUUGGCAGUAUUGGAGAACUUAGGUCCCUAUAUACCUUUUUUAGGGACAAUGGAAUACCUAUCAGAGCAGUCGGCUAGUUACGCAAAGAUAAAGCUAGCAAUUAUUUUAGGCUUACUCAAAGAUUACAAUAACGCCAGCAUAUUUUUAGAUUUAAUUCAAUUCUUUGUAAAGUAAGAUAAAUUCCUUUUCAUCUCUGUAGAUGAUAGAUGGCUCAACUUGACUCAAGAGGUCGUUUGCUUUGGGGUGCGUGAUAGCAAGUUUGCUUCAGUUGUGAUACCUUUGGAAGGAUUUCUUACCUCACUCAAGCUGAUUCACGUGACUGGCCACGUGUCAUGCGACUCAAAUGCCCCUCAACAUGACCGGAAAUGGGGCUGUUCUCGAAGCCAUCCCAAACUAGGCAGAACCCCCUUCAAUAUUGUCGUUACAGCCGGCAAACACAAUGGAAUCCUUUUUCCAAUAGACCUUUUUAAGAAAGAUUUGAAAAAAGAAUCUCUGUGGUACGACAUACCGGAUGUGGACCCUGACGCGCUGGAAAUAGUCCUUGGGGAUUUGUCAUAUCCUUACUACGUCACUUCCGGACAAGAGCUUCGAAUCUGGCUAGGAAAGGACUACCAGAAUGUUGGCAAGGUAGAAGUCGAAGGGAAAGUUUGCUUCGCUGUCAAGGGAUGGUUCAUUUAGUAGGUCGCGAUUUCUUAAACAUAAGUAGCUGCAGUGUAAAUUAGUUGAGACAUUUUAGCAUCGUCCGUGUAGGACUCUUUGAGUAACGUUCAAUUUGGAUUAAAGUAAUAUUUUACAUAUCAUCAUCAUUAUCAUCAUCAUCAUCAUUGUUGAUAUUAUUUUUAAGAAAGUAAUGCCAGCAAGCAAAUUUGAAUAACGGUCUCAAUUGAAAACCUGUGAGACCCCUGCAGUGACUAACUGGCUGCCAUGUCUACUUAUCAAAUGAAGAUACUAAAGUUCCAGGUUGUUAUUGUUACGAAAACAAACAUAUGACUGCUUGCAGACCAGAGUUUCAAUAACCACUCAGAUUUAAAUAUAUAACUUUUAAAUUUGUAGAAAUGUCAGUUUACAGUAAUGUUGUAGUAUAACAAAAAAAAAACGGCGGAAAUAAACAAAAAAAUACAAGCUUCUUCCCUUUCAAAUGUUUACUAUAUAUGUAGUGUUUACCACCAUAUC